CAGCGACCCGUCGUGAAAGCUGAGAAGCUGGGAGGAGAAAAAGCCCAGGAGAGCCCGCUGUAGCUUUUCCUCCUGUCCUCAUCUGAUGCGAAACUGCGGGAGAGGAGAGCAGAGGAGCGGAGGAGGCGGUCAGUCCGUGCAUCCUGCGAGCUCAAACAGAGGAAACCUUGUGCUGACUUUCACAGAAUCAGCGGGGAAUAGAGGGAAAUAGUGCGCUGCCACCUGAGGAGUCCUGGGAUUAUACCGCCUGGCUUUUUAACGCUGCGUAAAAAAGAAAUGACCCAACUGUGCCGUCGACUCAAGUGACGGCUUUUCAGCGACGAGCUUCGGACACACUUUCGCUGCAACUUUCUUUUUAUUUUAAAGAAAAAUCUGGUGCCGCUGCGACACGACAGAGGAGGUUCAUUUGAAUACUGUGACACGGACAGACCUGUUCACUCAGAGUCGCGGAGGGAUUUGCAAACAUGGGGCUGUUCGUUGUCACCGCGCUGCUGCUGCUAAAAGUAACCCUUGGAGACGCCUGUGCCAGUAAGAAGUUCACUGACUCGGGGAAGUGCUGCAGUCUGUGUCCCGCUGGCUUCGGAGUGGAGACACCGUGUGGGAAAGAGGAUACCAAGUGUGCUCCAUGCCCGAGAGGGACGUUUUCCUCCUCCGAGGACCUCGAAUCCUGCCGUGCCUGUGCCAAGUGCCCAAGUAGCCUCCCCAUGGUCGCCCACUGCUCGGCCAUUCAGGACACGCUCUGCGAGUGUGACAGUGGCUACUUCUUCAUGAGUACCUUUUCCUUGUGUGCACCUUGCUCCAAGUGCACCCGCGGCCAGGGCGUCGUCCGUGAGUGCGGCCUUCAAGGAGACACUGUGUGUGAGGCCUGUGGCCCCGGGACAUAUUCUGAGGAACGCAUCAGCACCAAACCCUGUCAGACCUGCACCCUCUGCACCGACAUUGAAGUGGAGAUCAGGUCCUGUUUGCCCAACUCUGACACCCUCUGCAUGGAUAAGAAGCUGCACAUUUUAUCCAGACCUGUUGACACCGAUGGGUCCAAAGACCCUUCUCGUCUCCCUGGUCUGGAGGAGGUGACGGAGGACGGAGAGACCAGCACUGCCACUGGAACACCCAAGUUUACCCCACAGGACGAGGGUGGCAGCAGCAACAUUCUAAUAUACGUGUCUGUUCUGGCUGCCGUGGUGCUGGGUCUGCUGAUUUAUGUGGCUUAUAAAUGCUGGAGAACAUGUAAACAGAAGAAGGCUCUGUCCAAGGCCCGUGCGGCUGAGAUGGGCUCAUCACCAGAAGGAGAAAAACUCCAGAGUGACAGCGGAGUUUUCCUGGACUCUCACAGUCUACAGGAUAACCAGCCCAGCAAAGGUACUAAGAGAGACAGCAAGCUUGACAACCGCCUGUACGUGAAUCUGCCCCCGCACAGACAGGAAGAGGUGGAGCGCCUCUUGCAAGAGGGAGGGGGUCGAGGAUGGAGGCAGCUGGGCGUAGCGCUGGGCUACGAACCAGAACAGCUGGAUCUGGUUGGACGUGGAGAAGCCCCCACUCACACGCUUCUCUCUAACUGGGCCCAGAAAGAAGGCUCCACUGUGGGACUGCUGUGUUCCGCUCUGACCCGGAUUGAGAGGAAUGAUGUGGCGAGUGCUCUUACCUGCCCCACGCAGGGCGUCUCCGUGGUCUGACCACGCGGUCACGGACUCUGAUGUGACAGACUUUGACUGAAAAAGCAGGGGAGGCACUCUGGACACCAACGCCUGUUACAGCGCGAGGCUGACUCUGACACUUCUCCACAACAUCAACAUUUUUAUAUUAUUUCUCUUUGACCCCAAAACAUCACAGUAUUUCAGAGGCUUCUCCUCUGGUUGUGAAACAAACUAAUUUCCGAAAGGACUCCACAGCAGGGAAGGAUUCUUGUGACGUGUCGUUCACCGCAGAAUAAACAAUGACUGUUGAAAUGUUUUACAAGCUCAAAGUCAGACAUUUUUUAACACCAGGAUCACCUUUUAUGGACAUUGAAGAAUCCUGGUCUGAAUCUUCUCAGACCAUCACUGAACCUCUAUAGUCUCCAUGUGGCCUGGAUUCAAAACAUGUAGAUUUGUUGGUUUGAUUUUCUUUUUCCUAAAACCACUGGUGUUGUUUAAUGUUAAAAAAAAGUUUUAUAUUUCCCAACAUUCAGCAUUGAAAUACUCUAUGUACCCUCUGCUUAGAUCAGUGGUUCCCAAAAUUUCUCAACGGCGCCCCCUUUUGUCAGGGCAGUCAAACAGAAUUAUAGAAAAGCCCCUGCACUCCAAAAUAUUAGUAAUAAUAAUGAUAAUAAUAAUAAUAUCAGCUUUUACCUUCAAGCUGAAAAUAAAAUGCUAUAAUUUCAUUAAAAGUGCUCUUUUCAUUUAACUUAAUUUUUUUUUCACAAGUUAUGCGUAGAUGUGAUUAUUUGCACGGUUGUUCCCAUUGCAUGUAAACGCAACCGACAUCAGCCUGAACACUACAGUCUGAACAGUGUUAGUUCUGUAUUUCUUUCUUUGUGUUUGUGCCUUCCUGCAAUAACUCUGUGCCCCAGGGGGCCAUGCCCCCCACUUUGGGAACCACUGGCUUAAAUAAUUGUAAUUCUGCUCAGACCAGCCUUGCUCCAUAACUCAUAACUUCAUCGCCUCAGGUGUUGAAUUUUACCACAUUUUUUUUACUACUUUUCUAGUCAUUUCUAAGCAAGUAAAAAAACUUAAAAACUUUAAAAAAAAUCUUAAAAGUCAUGUAAAUGGUUAUAAUCCUUAAUGAAGAAUUUAGAGGUAAACUCUUAUUACAGCCACAUUUUAAUUUUUUUUUAAUAAGAACACCUAUGUACUGUUGAUAUGAACUACUCACUCUGGUUAUUUCUUUGUGUUUUUUCACGUUUUUAAUAACACGUACAGGUACGUUUCAGGUACAUAAACAUCAAACAUCAAGCCUUAUUACAUUUCUUUGCUCUUUCUUUUUUUUUUUUGUUUGUCCGUGCCUUAAAAUGGUUUGUAAAUGUGACGUGGGAUCAACCAUGAACUGUGAAGACGGAUCAGAACGGAAUCAGUUUUUUCCUGCAUUCUAGCAACAUGUCGAUCAUGCUUCUGUAUUUAAUACAUUAGUAACUGACGUCUAAUCAAGACCCCGGACAAAAUACAGACAUCUGCAUUGUUGAGGUUUAAUUUUUUUCUCUGUGCCAUUCUCCUACGUCUUUUGUGUAUAUAUUUCCUAAAGGUAUUCAUUUAAUAAAUAAUUCUGAGAA